AUGGCCUCGAUCAACGAGCUCCCGAAUCCUCCCUCAGACACCAUAUCCAGCGUCGUCUUCUCGCCCGACAGCAACAAGCUGAUUGUAGGAAGCUGGGACAGCGGCAUUCACGUCUACAGCAAUGAAGGUUCAGGCUUCCAACUCAGCAAGAAGAUUGAAUGCGAUGCGCCGGUCCUCGGUCUGGCUUGGAAUCCAGACAACAACACAAUCUACUCAUCCGGCCUUGAUCAUGAGGUCGCAAAGUAUAGCAUCGAGCAAGGCGAGGAAAGCCGGACAGUAUUGAGCUCCCAUUCACAGGCAGCGAACAAAGUCGCCUACAGCAAAGAGUUGGACCUGGUCAUCUCCACAAGUUGGGAUGGAACGAUGAAUGUGCAAGAUCCGAAUACUACCUCCUACGUCUCCGUCAAACUCGAUGCGAAGCCUUUCGCCCUCUCCGUCACCCACGAUAGCGCCCUCGUCGUUAUGGCCGAACGAAAACUCCACGUCUUCAAACUUCAAGCCCUCAAGCAACUCCUCGAACAAGCCGGCAGCACCGCAGACGAACAAGCUCCCAUCCACGCAGAGCCCUGGCAACAUCGCGAAAGCAGCUUGAAGUUUAUGACGAGAGAUGUGGCAUGUAUGCCGGACGGAACGGGCUUCGCAGCUUCCAGCAUCGAGGGAAGAGUCAGCGUAGAAUUCUUUGACGAAGAGCAGAACAAGAACACGUAUGCCUUCAAAUGCCACCGAGAGAAAACGACGGUGACAUCAGCGGGCGAGAAUGGUGGGGAGGAGGAAAAAACUGUGGAUAUUGUAUACCCGGUCAACGCGGUUGCUUUCCAUCCUUCACACGGAAGUUUUGCAACGGGAGGUGGAGACGGGAUUGUUGCGCUUUGGGAUGCGAAGAAUAAGAGAAGAAUUCGGGCGUAUCCGAAGCUCGCGGCGAGUGUGGCUACGUUGGAUUUCAGUGCGGAUGGAAGGCGGUUGGCGAUUGGGGUUAGUCCGGGUUUUGAGGAUGGGAGAGAGGAAGAGGAGCCGGAUCCGAGUCUCGUGAAGGUGUAUGUGAGAGAGCUUGAGGAGGGCGAGACGAAGGCAAAGGCCCCGAAGGCGAAGUAG